AUGAGGUCGCCUUCUCCCCGACGAGACCGUCGCGAAAGACGCUCACGCUCGCCAACACGCCAUACAUCUCGUAGCGAAUCUCACCGAGACUCACGACGCUCGAGAGACUAUGACAGGGACAGACGAUCCUCGAAGAAGCGCAAGCAUCGUCGAGAACGCUCGCCGUCGCCACACAUCUCUCCUCUGGAUGCCGUUGCUGCAGCUCAAGCAGCAAGCCGUUCACGCGAGGCGGCAGCACGAGCGAAGCGUCUCGUUCCCGACAGAGAAGACGUAGACGAAGAUGCUUACUUGUCUGAGCAUCUCGCGCAUCUGAUCGAUGACAACGCUGCUCAAGAAGAUGAAGAAAGGGCGUACAAGCAAAAGAUCUUUGACGCGCUCGGAGAGGAUGAAGGUGUCGACCCUUGGCUCUGGGACGCUCAGUACUCCGGACCAGAACCGCAAGACCCGAAUUCUACGACUAUUCACACUAUGACGGAUGACGAAUAUGCAGACUAUAUCAGACGAGGCAUAUGGGAGCGAUCGCACAAAGAGGACAUCGCAAGGGCCGAAGAAGGUCAACGCCGUCGAGCGCAGCAACAUGCAGAACGUCAACGGGCUCGGCAGGCUUUCCAGAGCGAAGAAGCAAAACGAAUGGCGAAAUUGCGCGCAGAGACGAGCAAAGUCGAUCAGAAGAAGCUCAGACAAGCUCGUGCUGCCUAUGCAGAAGCUUGGGCGUCGCUACUUUCCGGCGAAACGGCGCUCCGUAGGGCUGACGACAUAUCCUGGCCUGUGCUCCCUACGCGCAUCACCCUCGAUGCAUUGCGCUAUUUUCUGCUCGAUGGCGAGCCAGAGGACCAGCACAAACGAAUCGUUCGAUCUUCUCAGCGUAUAUUCCAUCCCGAUCGCUUCAGUAGAUGGUUACACAUACUGCCCUCGAACGAACAGCAGUCAACGCGAGAAAAGGCGCUCAAAGUCUCGCAAUACCUCAACGAUCUGCUCAGCGAUACUUCGUAG